AUGUCUGCCUCCGAGCAAGUUCAGCUGAACAACUUCCCCUCCAUCUUCUCCCUGGAGGGUAAAGUCGCCCUCGUCACCGGUGGCUCUCGCGGACUCGGACUGCACGCUGCAAGUGGGCUCCUCCAAUCAGGCUGUUCCAAAGUCUACAUUACCUCUCGCAAGUCGUCCGCCUGCGCCGAAGCCGUUGCAGCCCUGAACGCUCUCCCCAACAAAUCCCCCCAUGCAACCGCUAUCGCCGUUCCAGCCGACAAUUCGGAUCUCGACAAACUAGACCGUCUCGUUGCUGAAGUCACCAAGACGACCUCGCAUGUCGACAUCCUCUUCGCUAACGCCGGGGCCACCUGGGGCGAGAAAUAUGACUCCUACCCCGCCGAUAAAUUCAGCAAGGUCAUGGACCUGAAUGUGAAGAGCGUAUUCUAUACUAUCCAGAAAUUCACGCCGCUGCUGACUGCACGGGCUACACGCGAUGACCCCGCACGAGUCAUUGUGACAGGGUCAAUCGCGGGCAUCACGUUGGGUAGCUUAGGUGCCAAUGCCACCUUCAGUUACUCUGCCUCUAAGGCGGCCGUGAUGCAUCUGGUACGAAACCUGGCGGUAGAACUGGGUCCUAAGCAUAUUCUGUGCAACGCCAUUGCGCCUGGGCUCUUUCCGUCGAAGCUGGCGAAUGGGCUGAUUGAGAUUCAGGGAGGGAGGAAAUACCUGGAGAGCAAGUCGCCCAAUCGGAGGCUGGGGCGGCAGGAGGAUCUUGCGGGAGUCGUAGUAUUUCUGGCCAGCCGGGCAGGCAGCCAUUUGAAUGGAGCAGUCAUUCCAAUCGACGGAGGCACGCAUUUGACGGGGCGACUGUAACUGGUGCUUGGACCAUGGCAUCGACUGCGGUUGGCACUCGGGGUCACACAGACAGUUGCAGCAUCUGCAUCUGGUUGGUUGGUCUCUUGUGAUGUUUGCCACCAGGCGACACUUGGCAGCCUGAGAUGUUCUCUCAUCGCUGGCCUCAGGUCCCCACUGGAGUCCUCGCCCCGUGGGCAUAAGUACCGCCAAUACCCCCCACUUUUGUGUCUUCUCUCUGCUUCGCUUUCUAUCUCUCUUCGUCUUUUCCUCUCCGUCUCCCCUCCUCCACCCCUCCUCUCUCUCUUUCUUUCUU